AUGGUUGAUGCCAGGGCAGCAGCAGCAGCAGCAGCAGCAUGGGCAGCCCUGCUGCUGGGCUGGGCUGCAGCCGGGCAAGCAGCAGCUCCACCCGACAUCUCCUGCUUCGACUGCGCCUGGCUGGAGGAGCUACCCCUGGACGAGUGGAGCGCUGAGAGGAACAGCACCAGGGAGGUGCUGCCAUGGGGGCAGGUCGUGGAGUUUCCUCCCAUCGACUACCGCCGCCUGGCAGAAGAGUUGUGCGAGUGCGUUCAGGACUCCCUGGAAGGCUCGUACGGCUCGCACCAGCCGCCCAACCACUCUGUGCAGGCCCAGGGCACGCAGUUUGUGCUGCAUGACGAACCCUUCUAUUUCGCGGGCUUCAACGCCGCCCAGGCACUGAGCUGGGCGGCGAGCAACAGCAGCCAGCUGUUGGACAAUCUCCAGUCGCUGUUUGCCAACGCCGCGGAGCUGGGCCUACGGGUGGGGCGGGUGUUUGCCACCGCCAAUGGUAUCAAAGUGCGGCCGCCCUUCCUGGAUGAAUUUGAUCGGCUGCAGCCCGAGUUGGAGCCGCUGCCGUGGCUGACGCUGCAGCCGGCGCCUGGCGUGUUGGAUGAGGCUGUGCUGGAGGGUCUUGAUUACUUGCUCUCCCUGGCCGCCAGCCACGGCAUCAAACUUGUGCUGACCCUGGCAGACUUCCAUGCCGUCUUUGGCCCAAGCCCUGCUGGCAUCGAGCCAUACAUCCAAUGGGUGAUUGGCAGCCUGAAUCUGACAGGCUACACCGUGCUGGACUUCUAUCGCGACGAGCGGGUCAAGCUGCUGUACCGCCACAACCUGUGCCACAUCGCCAACCGGGCCAGCAGCCUGACGGGGGUCAAGUACAAGGAUGACCCCACCAUCUUCUCUUGGGACCUCGUCAACGAGCCGCGGUGCCCCGCCUGCCCCGGCGCCACCCGUGGCGCGGUGCUGUCGGCCUGGGCGGACGAGAUGAGCGCCUUCCUGAGCUGCGUGGACCCAAACCACAUGAUCCACGUGGGCAGCGAGGGAUACUUCACCGAAACCGCUCCAGAGUACAUUGCCGCCAACCCGGGCUCCUGGGCGCUGUGCAGCGGCGUGGACUUUGUUGAGCUGGCGCUGCUGCCGCACAUCCACUACGGUGCAGCCCACAUGUAUGAAGAGAUGAGGUUCCAGGGGUGGAUCCAGGCCCAUUUCGAUGCCAGCUCGGCAGUUACAGGAAAGCCAUUUGUGCUGGAGGAAUUCAACAAGAAGUGGGACGAGCGGCGGCGCAACCAGCUGUUCCGCUUGGUGCAGGCCACGUUCCGCGCCGCCUGGCAGCAGAAUGCCAGCAGCCCCGCAGCGGGGGCCAUGUUUUGGGGCGCCACAGCGGGGGACACGAUUGACUGGGAUGGCUGGCAGGUCCGCCUGGAUGGCGGUCGCUCAGCGCCCGCUCCCAGCGAAAGAGCGGAGAAGCUCAAAGCACAGAUGCCGCCGGAGCAGCAGCAGCACUCGGUGCUGUAUCAGCUGUGCCAGGCGGUGGUGAAGGACAUCUUUGCCCCCACCUUUGCCGGCUACUCCAGCAACACCACGGUGAGCCGGGCUGGCAGCCGGCACCUGUCUCUACCUGCUCGCGCGCUCAUGCUCAUGCUGCCCGGCAUCAGAGGCAUGCAGUACCAGCAUCGCCGCUGGUGA